GACUUCCCGGGCAGCCUCCCGGGAGGAGGAGGGCAAAGGCCGGCUGCCCCAACCCGGCCCCGCCAGCGCCUACGGGUUUUGUACCAGACAGGCCGUUUCCAGGGACAGGCAGUUCCCAGCCUCUGCCCGUCAGAACUCCGGGGCUCAGAGGAAGGCCGGUUUCGUUCAGCUCUAAAACAACGAAACAAAACAAAGCAAUGUGGGGCGCGGUGUGACUUAAGAGAGCGCCAGGAAGGCGCGCCUUUGGUGACAGUUUCUGCAGACUGGGCCUGUGGGGGAGUGAGGGGAGGGGAGUUAGCGCCGGACGUGUGGCAGGUCCCACCAGGGCGUGUGGCCUGGCUGUGCCCAGGGAGUGGAAAUGUCAUGAGGAAGAUGCCCCAGAUCUGGUUAACGCUGAAGGUUAAUGGGGAAGGGCAGAAUGCAGAAAAGGAUGUCGCCCAGCUGAGGAUGCUUUAGGCAAAGGCCUCACCUCUUUCAGCGGAACAGGGCCUAAGAGGAGGAGCCCCGGUGUGGGCAGCUGGAGCCUUCAGAGUCUCUUCAGGGGAAGAGUCCACAUUCCACCGAGCCAUGUCCCGAAGAAGCCAGCGCCUCACACGCUACUCCCAGGGGGACGAUGAUGGCGGCAGCAGCAGCAGUGGAGGGAGCUCGGUGGCCGGGAGCCAGAGCACCCUGUUUAAAGACAGUCCUCUCAGGACCUUGAAGAGGAAAUCCAGCAACAUGAAGCGUCCAUCCCCAGAGCCACAGCUGGGCCCGUCCUCCGACCCACACACCUCCUACUACAGUGAGUCGCUGGUCCGCGAGUCUUACAUCGGCAGCCCGCGGGCCGCGUUCCUGGCCAGGAGCGCCCUGGAGGAACUGCACAGUGAUCCCGACUGGGGCGAUCACUUGCGGGUGCGGAAGAGGAGAGGCACAGGCGGCUCCGAGAGCAGCAGGGCCAGCGGGCUCGUGGGGGUCAAAGCCACGGAGGACUUCCUGGGCUCUUCCUCAGGCUAUUCCUCUGAGGAUGACUACGUGGGCUACUCGGAUGCGGACCCACAGAGUUCUGGCUCACGGCUCCAGAGUGUCGUCUCGCGGGUGGGCUCCUUACUGUGGAUGGUGGCCACGUCACCAGGCCGGCUCUUCAGACUUCUCUACUGGUGGGCUGGUACCACCUGGUACCGUCUGACCACAGCUGCCUCCCUCCUUGACGUCUUUGUUUUAACCAGGCGCUUCUCGUCCCUGAAGACAUUCCUCUGGUUCAUGCUGCUGCUGCUUUUGCUGACGUGCCUGACGUAUGGCGCUUGGUAUUUCUACCCUUAUGGGCUGCAGACAUUCCACCCCGCUCUGGUUUCCUGGUGGACAGCGAAGGACAGCAGGAGGGAGCAUGAAGGCUGGGAAUCCAGAGACUCCUCACCACAUUUCCAGGCUGAGCAGCACGUUCUGUCCCGGGUGCACUCUCUGGAGCGGCGUCUGGAAGCUCUUGCUGCUGAAUUUUCCUCCAACUGGCAGAAGGAGGCUAUGCGGCUGGAGAGGCUGGAGCUGCGGCAAGGGACCCCUGCCCAGGGAGGCAGUGGUGGCCUGAGCCAUGAGGACACCCUGGCGCUGCUGGAGGGGCUAGUGAGCCGCCGUGAGACUGCCCUGAGGGAGGAUUUCCGCAGGGAAACUGCUGCUCGCAUCCAGGAAGAACUGGCUGCCCUGAGGGCAGAACAUCAGCAAGACUCAGAAGACCUCUUCAAGAAGAUCGUCCGGGCCUCCCAGGAGUCCGAGGCUCACAUCCAGCAGCUGAAGUCAGAGUGGCAAAGCAUGACCCAGGAUGCCUUCCGGGAGAGCUCUGUGAAGGAGCUGAGGCGGCUGGAGGACCAGCUGGCCAGCCUGCAGCAGGAGCUGGCGGCUCUGGUGCAGAAGCAGAGCUCAGUGGCUGAUGAAGUGGGCCUGCUGCCCCAGCAGAUCCAGGCCGCGCGAGAUGACGUGGAAUCUCAGUUCCCAGCCUGGAUCAGUGAGUUCCUUGCCCGAGGCGGCGGGGGCCGCGCGGGGCUCCUUCAGAGAGAGGAAAUGCAAGCUCAGCUUAGAGACCUGGAGAGCAAGAUCCUCACCCACAUAGCAGAGAUGCAGGGCAAGUCGGCCAGAGAAGCUGCAGCCUCCCUGGGCCUGACGCUGCAGAAAGAAGGCGUGAUUGGAGUGACAGAGGAGCAGGUGCACCGCAUCGUGAAGCAGGCCCUGCAGCGCUACAGCGAGGACCGCAUCGGGCUGGCGGACUACGCCCUGGAGUCAGGAGGGGCCAGCGUUAUCAGCACCCGAUGUUCUGAGACCUACGAGACCAAGACGGCCCUCCUCAGCCUCUUCGGCAUCCCCCUGUGGUACCACUCCCAGUCACCCCGCGUCAUUCUCCAGCCAGAUGUGUACCCAGGCAACUGCUGGGCCUUCCAGGGGCCACAGGGCUUUGCUGUGGUCCGCCUGUCUGCCCGCAUCCGCCCCACGGCUGUGACCUUAGAGCAUGUGCCCAAGGCCUUGUCACCCAACAGCACCAUCUCCAGUGCCCCCAAGGACUUUGCCGUUUUUGGAUUUGAUGAAGACCUACAGCAGGAGGGGACACUUCUUGGCAAGUUCACUUACGAUCAGGAUGGCGAGCCCAUUCAGACGUUUCACUUUCAGGCCCCUAUGAUGGCCACGUACCAGGUGGUGGAGUUGCGGAUCCUGACUAACUGGGGCCACCCAGAAUAUACCUGCAUCUACCGCUUCAGAGUGCAUGGGGAGCCCGCCCACUAGCCCCGCUUUCUGGUGCCUGCUGCCAGCCAUCUGGGAGUAGGUGAACAGCACCUCACCGCUUUCCCCACACGCUUGCUCGGCGCUGUGACUUCCAGGAGCAUGAGAGGAGCCUGUGGCCCCACGGAGAUGAGCAGGAUAAGCAGGGUCUCCUGAGCAGCAGGUGGCUCGAGGCAGCCAGCAGCCUCCGGCAGCUCCCUUCUUCCUUCCCUCCAUGCCAGUGGUGUCUGCUUCCCCUCCUGGGAAUGUGUAUAUAUGUAGCAUAUCAUGGGGUACUGGGAAGUUGGGAGAGGUGAGACCUGGCUGCCGUUACCUGGGGUCAGGGGCUGGUGCCCAGGAGCUGCUACAGGGAGGCCCAUGGAUGAAGCAGGUGUCAGGGCUGUCAGAGGGGCAAGCUAGGGCCUGGGCUAGGUGAGCUGCCCUGUGCAGGGAAGCAAGGCCUUCUGGGAGGAGAGUAUUCAGCUCCAGGGCAGGAUGGGACUCUCCCCAGGCAAGAAGCACCUGAUGUAGGGGUGCCCUCCACCUAAAGCCUGAACCACAGGGUUCCUGAGGGACUUCUACAGAAGCAUGUAUUUGCCCCGGGGACAGUAGCAGUGGGCCAUGGGGCUUCUUGUGCCCUAAUGGGGACUAGCUCCUGUGAGCUUCUAAGGGGCCCAGGGCCAACCCUGUUGGCUUCCCCUUUGCUGGGGACAGUAGUUGCUUUUCUCUCCUGAUGCUGGGUUGGGGCCCACCCUGCUCCGCAUUCCUGCUGGGGCCUGCUAGUGCCCCUGAGCUUGCUUUCCACAUUCUCCUAGGGUGCAGAGACGCAGACCUGUCUUUAAGGCCAUUAGCAUCUGGGGUUAGCAAGAAUAGUGGGGAGCAUGGAACUCCCUGGGCUCUGUGGGGACAUUCAGGUUAUCAGGGUGGGAGGUCUGUCUGCACUGGCCCCCUCAUUUAACCGGGCCCUGAUGUAGAGAUGCUCUACUCGGGCUGGCCACCUUGGGCUUUCGCAGCCCUUGUUCAGGUAGUCUCCUUUCUGGUUUGUUCUCUAUGGGGCAGUUGGUGGGGGCCGGGGGCAGAGGCUAGCGGAAGUUACCCUGGGUAGGAAAGGGGGCAAAGGGGACUUUUAAAGCCAGCAGGCCCCACUGUAUUAUGUAUAUAUUUUUCAAGGUCUGUUUUUCUAACUAAAAAGCUAAGGGCUUGGUUCCUACCCCCGUUCUGUGGGGCACUGGGUGAUACUCAGUUCCUUGUUCCUGGCAAUGGAGGGGCUUGGGGCACUAGUUCUGGCUGUGUUUGGUGGUCUGGCUGUGGGGAAGGGGCAAGAGGGCAGGCAGGCCCCUUCACUGCAGUGCUGAGCCUCGAUCUGCUCUGGAGCACAAGGCUGGACAGUGGUGGUCAGGCCACCCCUGCUCCAUCCCCAGGCAGCCAGGCUUUGUUUUGUGCUCUCCUGUCACAAAUGCUGCACUAUUGGUUCUUAGGUUUUUUAUCUCCAGAUCCUAAUUUAUGUCUAUGCAAAAAAUAAAUGAUGCCCAAGAGCUGUGG